AGGGCCGACGCGCAGCCAAUCCCUCGCGGGGCACCUGGGCCGGAGCCUGGGACAGAUUCGCCCGCAAAGGGUGUUCGGGCGGCUGGGGUGACACAAGUUCAUCGCUGUCCCGAGGAACAGGGUUCUUGUCCCUUUCUGUAGAGCCUUGGUGGCAUCCCUUCACCUGGCCUUGCCGACAGCCGAGGGUGACUUCCUGCGCCCUGCCCCGCUCGCUCGGCGGUUCUUGGGAGCCCAGCCAGCCGCCCUGUGACCGCGCCGCGCUGCUCACCCUCUUGUUCAUCGGGGGUCAUUUCCAGAGUCUGUCUUGUAAAUGUUUAGCAUUGUGCAGCGUUGCUGCUUUUUUCUGGGGACUGUUGCAGCGCUUGCCGAGGCCGGCGGAGAGGGGCAGCUGAGCCCAGAGAAGAGCGAAGUAUGGGGCCCCGGGCUGAAAGCGGACGUCGUCCUGCCCGCCCGCUACUUCUACAUUCAGGCGGUGGACGCGGCAGGGAGGAGGUUCACAUCCUCUCCAGGUGAAAAGGUGUUCCAGGUUAAAAUCUCAGCACCAGAUGAGCAGUUCACUCGCGUUGGAGUCCAGGUUUUAGACCGAAAGGAUGGGUCCUUCAUAGUGAGAUACAGAAUGUAUGCAAGCUACAAAAAUCUGAAGGUAGAAGUUAAAUUCCAAGGUCAGCAUGUGGCUAACUCUCCAUAUAUUUUAAGAGCACUUUGA